AAUAGGCCCAGUCCCUAAUCCCAAUGGCCGCAUUUUUUUUUUUUUUUUAUUAGGUCUCAGCCAUGUCUGGGCGCGGGAAGCAGGGUGGUAAGGCACGCGCCAAGGCUAAAUCUCGGUCAUCUAGAGCAGGCCUACAGUUCCCUGUAGGUCGAAUCCAUCGCUUACUUCGUAAGGGCAACUAUGCUGAGCGGAUUGGGGGUGGCGCGCCGGUAUACCUGGCGGCGGUGUUAGAGUACUUAACCGCUGAGAUAUUAGAACUGGCAGGUAACGCAUCCCGCGACAACAAGAAGACUCGCAUUAUCCCGCGACAUCUACAGUUGGCCAUCCGCAACGACGAGGAGCUCAACAAGUUGUUGGGCGGCGUCACCAUCGCGCAGGGUGGCGUCCUGCCCAACAUCCAGGCGGUGUUACUGCCCAAGAAGACUGAGGGUCACCACCACAAAGUCCAGAGCAAGUAACUUCUCCAGGAAAUGAAAGAUGCCCUCCCUAUACCACAAAGAAUCAUUCUUCUCAUUGAGGACAGAGAAUUGAGAUCCAGAGAAAUCUGUACAAACAAACCUUGUUAAACGUAUUCUUACCUUCCUAAGUUACUUCUCCACCCAAUUAACUCCCUUAACCCAAACCCCUUUGUCUUGUCACAUUUUCACAAUUUACUGCUCUUUGUCCAAUUUAGUGUAUUAGUGUUCCAUUCUAACCGCGUCUUUGAGUCUUCAUUUUUUAAUGAAAGCUCCUGUGCCAUAUAAAACUUGUAUUCAAUAAAUGUGUAUGCUUUUCCCCUGCUGAUCUGUCUUAUGUCAAUUUAUUAUCAUUCUCAAGCCUCACCAAAAAAAUCCAAAGAGGGAAGAAGUAAAGUUUUGCCUCCCUUGCAACAUUAUAAAUAAGGAAGAAAUAACUCUAUUUAAAUUCUCUCACUCACGUAACUAUUUUUGUGUGUGUAAAAGUGAAGUAAAUAAUUUAUGGCCAAAGACUGGGAAGUUUUGCCACUCAACAAGUGCAUCAUGAAAGAAUUUCUAUUAAAAAAUAGAAAUGAACUCAGAAGAAAAUGUAGGGAGGCAAGACGCAAUAAUAUUGCAAAAGACAGAGGUAAAGUGUAAAUCAAUCUAAAUAUAUAUACUAGUUGUAAAAAA